CAACAAGAAUUCAGGAAUUAGAUAAGGCUUACAUCGAGAGAUUGAUGCGUACCAAUGAAAAACUACUUAAAGCUAUGAGAAGAUCACCAGAAAAAGAAGUUGGGGACAGUCAAAAAGUGUCUGUGUCUGAUGUAUCUUCCAAAUAAAAGAAUAGACAAUGGCAAUGGAAUGUUCAUCAUCAACUCCAGACAAAAAUGAUGAAAAUACUCUCAAGAUAGUGAAAGAUAACGCAAAACACUCUCACAGUAAAACUUUAGUGAAGAAGGCCAAGUUGUCUUUAUUCAAAAAAUCAUGUGUCGCUAAAUCCCUGAACCCUGAUGUUGACCUUGAUGAAACGGGUCAAUUUCAGGAAAAUCAGGCUUCAGACUUCAGGAUCCAUAUUAAGCCAGUCAGAAAACCACAGAAAGGUGUUCACUCUAAACAAGAAGUUCUUGAUCAAAGAGAAGGAACCCUGAAUGUUUUUAAGGAAAUAAUUAAAGGAGAAAUAAAUGUUGAUGGAAGUGAACAGGCCUGUCCAACAUGUCGAGAGUCAAUUCCAUCCUCUCAGAUGCCCUCACAUAUUAGUUUGUGUCUUAAAGAACAGUUUACAUUGGUCAGAACAAACAGUCAAGAUAACAAUGAAAAGAGUAAAGAUUAUCAGUUAUGUCAGAUAUGCCAGAAAGACAUUUCACACAUGAAUUCAACUCGUCGUUCACAGCAUGUAAAUCACUGCAUGGAUCAGAGAGAAGCAGGACUAAAAGAGGAAGAAAAUAAAAAACGUUUAUUGACAGAAGCUAAGACAGCCAUUUUAGAUUGUCCUGUUUGUGGGAAAGCUCUUAAAACAGCACAGUCGAGAAAAAGUCACAUGAAGAAAUGUUCUGUUAAAAUGAGUGUAACAACUGAGAAACUACUUGCUUUAAUUAAGAAUCAAGAAGAAGAGAGAAAUGUAGAAAUUGCUGCAGGUGUUAUACCUAAUUCAUUACGGUUAUUAAGGCUAAAAUCAGCGGCACCUGCCUCUAAUGAAGAUAAGAGAUCCAAACGUGUGACUGAACCGAAAAAUAAAUUAGAUGAACAAACACAACUUGCUUUAGCGUUAUCUACAUCUAUUGCUGAACAGCAGCAUAUACAAGAUCAAGCUAUUGUUGGUCAGAAACAAACAAAUCAAGGCAAGAAGUCUAGAAAUAGAAAAAAUUGUGCUGAAGAUAUACCUUUGAUUCUUAAGUUGAAUAGAGAAGAAGCCAAAAGAAGAAUUGCUGAUAGAGUAACACAACUUCUACUUCCAAAAACACCACAGAAUAGCCAAGAGAAUAUAGUAGUUACUCCCCCUGAUUCAAGUAGACUUGAUUUAACUGACAUGUCUGUAGAAUGUGAAAUAUUUAGAUCAAAUUUGCUACAGCCAAGGUUGUGGACAGAAAGUGGGCUUUCUGAUAAAGAUGAAAAUGGAAUUGAUAAAUUUUAUGUCUCUGCCUUGAUGCCUUCUGUUUCCAAAGCAACAGUUAAGGCAGGAAGUAAGCUGCGGAGAAUGUCUACCAUUCCAGGCAGACGCAAUUCAGAGGAAUUGGAGAAAGAAAUUUUGGUGAAUCAGCAAAAGAGCUUAGAAUACCAACAGUCUGUUGACCAGAAGAAAAACCAAGUGAACACAACAUUGAAAUCUGAACUACCGCUUUCCUCCUCUCCUGUGGUCACACAAACAGCAGUUCUAUUGGCUGAGUUAGCAGCUGAAGCAGACGGCUCUGGCAGCCAUCUGGAAUAUUCAAUGAUUCAACAACAGAAUGAUGAUUUACACAACAGUGGAUUUUGUCCAGAGGAACCAAUUGAAAUACAUAAAGAAAUUUUAACACCAUGUGUGGUAUCAUUACAACAAUCUUUAUUAAAUAUGGUGGAUAGCCCUACUGACAGUGAUGUUACUAUAGUAACUUCUAAUAGACCUAUCCCAGCUCAUAAAAUAUUUCUGCGUUCCAGAUGCCCUCAAAUGUUACAGAAAGUAACAGAUAGAAAUCAGUUAGAUUUAUCCAGUACACCCAGUGAUGUUGUGCUUACAGUAUUGAAAUAUAUUUAUUCAGGUUCUGUCCUGUUAAAUCCUGGGUGCUUAGAAGGUGUCAUACACCUAUCUUCGAGCCUUGGUUUGGAUGAACUGGAAAAUAUUUGUCAGACAGUCAUGAAAUCUAGACAAGAACAUCCAGGAACCAAGGACACAGAGGAAGAAGAGGAGAACGGUUUGGAUGUUCUUGAAAACCUCUGGAGCUCCUCAUCAGAAUUUGGCAGUGAAGAUGAAGGAGUAAAAGGUCAUUCAGAAGGUGGUGAGGUCAAAGGUCAAGAUGACCGUGAAGAAGAUGAUUGGAGGGAAAUGUUUUAUACCCAGCGUGAACAGAUCAAAAGGCAGAAUUCUUAUGAUCUUCUAAACAACGUAGAAGCAAAUGAUAUUUUGAGUGACAAUUCUGAAAAUUUGAAUGAGGAAAUAGACACAACCCAAAAAAAAAUUGAACCAAAAGAUGGUACUUGUGGUGAUGAGACACCCUGUGGAAGUAUGCCUCCAAAUUGUGUUGUUGGUGAAUCAGAUGAUUGCGAUAGUGAUAGAGACACUAAAAAUGAAGAAAUUAGUGUAUGUAAAUCGAACCCGUUAGAUUUUAAGGCUGUCAGUGGAAGUAUGGAUUGCUGUGUGAUUCCUAAGACAGAUGACACAUGCUCAGAUAGUGAGGACAACUGCAGCAUUUUAGAUAUUGUGGACAAAAGGCGGAGAAGUAACUCUAACAGCCAAUCAAGCUUUCAAGACAACUAUCUUCGGGAACAGUGCAAUUCAUAUUCAUUACCCAAGGAUGUAACAGAUGAUAUUUCAGAGGACUUUUCAAAUUCGACUUCUAUGGAAAAGAGUGCAGCAGACCCAGAAAGUGAAAUAAAUGUUGAUGGCAACAAUGACAUAUUUAUACCUCAAGAUGACUUUGACGAUGCUUUGAAUGAACGUGGAGAUGAAGAAAUUAUUCAGACUAAUUUUAAAACACCAACUUUAUCUGAAAGUGCUAAGAAGAGGAGGGCAAAGAAACCAUGGGUGGCUCCCUCGCCGUUUACUCCAAUGCCUAACUAUGAUGCCAUGAAUACACCUCAAUUACAGAAACAGAUAAAUAAAUAUGGUUUACGUCCUGCCUGUAAGAAACGUAUGAAAGAUGUUCUCUCUACAAUAUAUCAUGAAACACAUCAAUAUGAAACCGACUCAGACUGUGAAAUUGAUGCAGAAAAAUUGAAUUUAAUGAAGCAGAAAGUAGAAAAGAUACAAGAAAAGGAGAUAAAAAGCAAAAAGUCUACAAGAGGAACCAAGAAAGCACCUGCCAAACAAACAAAAACUGUUAAAAAACCUUCCUCUAAGAAAAUUACCAAGCCGCCAAUACAGACAAUAAAUUUCCCACUAGAGGGCAGUAGUGAUGAUCAGCUGUCAUCCUCACAGAAUUCUGAUAUUAGUGAUUUACCAGAAGAAAGUAUUCUGGCUGUGCGAGAUGAUGAUGAUGAUGAAUCAGACGGUCCAAAGUGUAGCAAGAGUGAAUUACAUAAGAAGUUAACAGAAUAUAUCAAGAGUAAUACUGAUAUUCACAUUGACACACUGCAGUAUAUACCUCUUGAAAUAGAUAUUUUUAAAAAGAGAAUGACUGAAAAUGGUAUUAAAUGUUCCAUGGAGAAACUUCAGGAAUAUUUUGAUGAAAAGUGUAUUAGUUUUACCAUGAAGAACAAUAGAAAACCUCGCAAACAAAAACGCAAACCAAAGCUACGGAGAAUGAAAGUGACUAUAGAUGUUUGAUUGGUUAUUUACCGUGGAUGAAUUGGUAAAAUUUUAAUUACAUGAAGGCAAUAUUUCAUACAAAAUGACCAUUAUGUUUUCCUGACACAGACAUUUAUUUCAGUUGUGUCUUGUCUUGAAACUGUAGAAAAAUUGAUGGGAAUCUUAUGAAUAUAUAAACUUGAGUUAAUGAAGACUUUGUUCUAUUAAAGUGUUGUUGAAAGUGUUUGUUUUGUUGGAACAUUGAAUUGAACUAAUACCAUAGCUUGAUUUAGAAGUAAAAGAAUCUGUAACUUGGCUAGUUACUGUCAAUGAUGUGCAACUAGAAUCAGUCAAGUGUGAAGACAAACAGGAUACAUUUAUUGUUUGUUUUAAAUAAAGCAUCUUUAUUUCAAAUGAUUGUGAUUUCAUCUUUGCUAAUUAUAUUUGCAAACUUAUAUUUCUUGUUUCUUAUAUUAAGAAAAUAUAAAUGCAUGGGAACUUUUUGAAUUGUAGAUGUAAUUGAAGAGUUAAUUUUUUCAAGUGCAUAGAAAAUUGUGGUUAAUAAAUUAUAGUAUAUUAUUGAUAUACAUGCAUUAUUGUUUUCCUAAAUAAAUUACUGUAUAUUGCUGGG